UCCGAUGAAACACUGAUAUGAAGCAGCAGGCUAUCGAUACAAAAACUAACUUCCCUGACUCAGGAGAGGCGGACGAGUCUCUUUUUGAAUAUUUACAUGCAGAAAUGGUUAAUUAUGUCUUAAGCAGGCAACCACCGAACAGCAAGGAUGGGGAAGAGGACCUUACACCUUUAGAAUCGAUGGGGUUUGCAGUUGGUUAUCGUAUCAUGGAGCGUUUGACCCGAGAGUGGUCACGUUUUAAGGAUGAGUUAGAAACAAUUAAAUUCAUAUGCACUGAUCUUUGGUCAAGCUUACAUCGAAAACAGGUUGAUAACUUGCGAACAAAUCACCAGGGAGUUUAUGUAUUGCACGAUCAUGCAUUUCGUCUAUUAACUAACAUCGGCGCUCCAAACAGCAGUCAAUAUCUGCGAGAAGCUCCACGUCUCUUAGCAUUUACCUGUGGCCUUCUACGAGGAAGUCUUGCUAAUCUCGGUAUCCUUAGUACAGUUACUGCAGAAAUAUCAACCCUACCUAGUUGUAAAUUUCAUGUUCAAGUUCAGAGGACUUAAUUUUUUUUUUCUCCAGAUUUGAGGACGUUAUUAUUGAUAAGUGUAUAAUGUAAUGUAACAGUGUACAAAAUUCGCAGAAUUUUCUAUUGGCACUAAAUUCGUGAAAAUUGCAACACAUUCAUCUAUGCGUUGACAGUGACCACUAAUACUGUAUCUUGUUAGAAACUCUGAUCAUCAUUGCAUCAACAACACAUUUCUUAAGUGUCAGUUAUGGGAACAAUAAAUGGUGAGUUGAAAAUAUGACCAUUCAUUGAUUUUUAACUGAUCAAAAGAAGGUAGUAAGGGUAAUUUUAUUCCUGUGAGAUAUCACUUUAUUGUAUAGCAUUGCAAACAUCGAUUCAUAUUCAUCACCCUUCAUGGCAAAAACGCAUACACAGAAUUGCGUUUAUAAUCAGUCUAGUGUUUUAUGUUCAACAAUGUAAUAUUGCACAAUAGAUGCAUAAAAAUAGCUAAUUUGUAAGUUGUAAAAAUCAUUGAAUAUAAUUAAUUAUUUGUUGAGA